CCUAGAGUCGCCGGCCGGUUUGCCACUGAAGUUGGGACGCUUGCAAUCGUCUCCUCACGGUCUUGCCGCCGACACCGCUGCGGUGCAGGUGUCUGGGUGGAGCAUGGCGAAUUCGGGCUGUGAGGACCUCCGGGGCCAGGAGGGGGAGAGUUUUCUGUACUUCGCCUACGGUAGCAAUCUGCUGACCGAGCGGAUCCACCUCCGAAACCCAUCAGCCGUGUUCUGCUGCGUGGCCCGCCUGCAGGAUUUUAAGCUUGACUUUGGCAAUUCCCAAGGCAAAACAAGUGAAACUUGGCAUGGAGGUAUAGCCACCAUUUUUCAAAGUCCUGGCGAUGAAGUAUGGGGAGUAGUAUGGAAAAUGAACAAAAGCAAUUUAAGUUCUCUGGAUGAGCAAGAAGGAGUUAAAAGUGGAACAUAUGUCCCAAUAGAAGUUAAUGUUUAUACUCAAGAAGGAAAAGAAAUAACUUGUCGAAGUUAUCAGAUGAAAAAUUAUGAGAGUGCUCCCCCAUCUCCCCAGUAUAAAAAGGUCAUUUGCCUAGGUGCAAAAGAAAAUGGUUUGCCACUGGAGUAUCAGAAGAAGUUAAAUGCAAUAGAACCAAAUGACUACAAAGGAGAAGUCUCAGAAGAAAUUGAAGACAUUAUCAAAAAGGGAGAAACAAAAACUCACUAGAACAUAACAGAAUAGAUCUACAGAUAUUUUCUGUAUGUGCUAAUAUAUUUUUAACGUUUAGAACAGGAAUCUGAGGUAUCUCUGUGUUCAACAGUGCUCUGAAAGGUGAUUGCUUGUUUUCAGACUAUAAAAAGAAACUAGGUUAGGAAUUAGAUGAUUGAAAAGGGGGCCGGGAGGCACUGGAAUGCAUGACAAAUGGAUGCAGGUACUCCUAUGAACAAAGUUAUUUUCUGCAUUUGAGUGUAUCCUUGCUCUGUGACAAAGGAGAGAUUUGCAAUUUAAUGAUCGUGCUGGUGAAUUGCUCUGCUCUGGGAUUUUUUUUAUCAGCUUAAUGAAGAGCGAGCAAACUGCAGAGACAGCUGAUGAUAAUUUUUUUUUUUUUUAAUUUAAAAGUGGCAUACUGUUCUUAGAGAAAUAAAUGUAUUUGUGGUUGAACCUGUAUUCCCUACUAAAGUACUAGAUUUCACUUUAAGAGACUCAUAUCAUCACACAUACUGGGUCUGGCGUUGGCUCUACACAGUCCGUACUAGAGGAUUAUUGCAUAGACUCUAGAACCACACAGCCUAGGAUCAGUUAUCAGUUCCACCACGUUCUAGCUGGGAGACUGGGUUUUUUUUACUUUGUGCUUCAGUUUCCUCAUCUAUAGAGUGAGGGCAGGUGAAACACCUAUGUCUUAGGAUUGUUUUGAGAAGUAAAUAUAUGUAAUGAGCUUCGAACAGAGGCUGAUGCAUAAUAAGUAUUAGAAAUCACUAAUGUUCUUAUUAAAGAAUUAUACAGAGCCAUCCUUGGAACAGUAUUUUAAAGUAGAAGAGUCAAGAUGAUGAGGGAACACGUUUUAUGGAGGCUCCAAUUUGACUCUUGGCUUCUUAAAUUUAUUUACUGAACAAAUGGAGGAAAGAAGAGUCAUGAAUAAAACAGCACUGGUUAUUAAAAAAUCAGAUCUCUGGAAUGCAGCGAGCUGGACUUUUGAAACAGGUUAUUGGAAUGAAGUGAGCUAGGUGCAGGAACAUCAAGAUUUGGUUUGUUCUCCUAGGAAAAAUAACUUUUCAGCUACAGCUGCUGUAGUGGAACUGAACCAUAGACUUCAGGUUAGAUCAUGUUUUAUAGCUGUUACACCUCACUGUUUUCAAGUACACCCUCCAAUAUUCUAGUUUUCUCCAGUUCUUUUUUUUUUUAAUUUUUUUUUUUAAUGUUUAUUUAU